AUGCGCUUCUCUCUCCUCGCUCUCACUUCCGCUCUACUCGCGCCCUUGGCUCUCGCCCAGGACGCCGCGGCUCCCGUCGCUCCUCUCGUCGAGAUCGGCUCUACCUGGCCUGAUCUCGAUACUUCCCUCGCCGGUAACAGGGAGGUCAUCAAUGGCGCGCCUGCUCGCGUGAACAUUGCGUUCAAGAACACUGACCCCAGUGAGGCAUUGGUUGUUUCUCAUGUCCAGGGUGCUUGGUAUGACCUUGCUAAGCCUGACAUUGUCGUUCGUAACAUGACUGUGUCCAAGCUUAACACCCCCGUCCCACCAACCGGUUCCCUCAAUAUCCCCUACCAAUUCACCACCGACCUCGCCCCCGGAACCCUCGGGCUCCUCCUCACCGUCUACUUCACCUCCGCCGCGAACCCUGCGACCAUCUUCCAGGCUCUCGCGCACAACGCCACGGUCAUCAUCUCCGACCCUCCUUUCUCCAUCUUCGACCCUAGCGUGUUGUUCCUCUACACCACCCUCUUGGCGUUGAUGGCCGGCAUUGCUUACUACGCUUACGGUGCGUUCAUCGCCCCUCCCUCUACCGGAAAGAAGAGGUCCACUGGUGCGAAGAAGGUUGCCAAGGCGGAGCCGGUGGAGGCUGUUGCGCCCGUUGAGGCCAGCGCGGGAGCGACCACCAGUGCGAAGGGGUACGACGAGUCGUGGAUUCCGGAGCACCAUUUGCGCCCCAGGUCUAGGCAGAGUGGUCCUAGACCUUCCACUCCCAGGGGUGGAAGUGCGAAGAAGGUGCAGAAGAGCAAGGGUGUUACUCUUGGUGAGGCUAUCUAA